AUGGACGACACGUGGGAUUGUUUGACUCUUUCUUCUGCGUGUCAAAAUGCAAUUAAAGACUUAAAGUUUAGUAAAAUGACCCCAGUACAGGCAGCCUGUAUUCCACUGUUUCUUCAGAAUAAGGAUGUUGCUGCAGAAGCUGUCACUGGAAGUGGAAAGACUUUGGCUUUUCUCAUUCCAAUCAUUGAUCGAUUGCAGAAGAGAGAAGAAACAUGGAAAAAGCAUGAGAUUGGUGCCAUUAUAUUGACGCCGACUCGUGAACUGGCCAUUCAAAUUGAGGAGGUUCUGCAAACUUUCUUGAAAUAUCUUCCACAUUUUAAUUCUUUAAUUUUCAUUGGAGGCACAAGUGUUCAAGCAGAUGUGGAGAAAUUCUACAAAAAUGGAGGUCAUAUUAUUGUUGCAACUCCCGGUCGAUUGGAAGACAUUUUGAAUCGUAAAAACUCUCUUAUUAAUAUGGCCAAUUGUGUUAAAUCUCUUGAAGUUUUUGUUAUGGAUGAAGCUGACCGAUUGCUAGAAAUUGGAUUUGAAGCCACGUUAAAUACAAUUUUGAGCUAUCUUCCCAAGCAACGUCGGACUGGUCUGUUUUCUGCCACCCAAACUAAUGAAGUUGAGAACUUAAUCCGUGCUGGAAUGAGAAAUCCAGUUAGAAUAUCUGUGAAAGAGAAGCAGAAAGCAGCAAAUGUGAUCCAGAAAAUCCCAAGCACUUUAACUAUUCAUUAUAUGAUUUGUGACCAUGAUGAAAAGUUGGACCAACUUGUACAGUUCCUGCGUGACCACAAAAAUCAAAAAGUGAUGAUAUUUUUUUCAACCUGUGUCUCUGUUGAUUAUUUCUCAGCUGCCCUUGCACAGAUUUUGAAAAAACAUUCUAUAUCUGCCAUUCAUGGAAAAAUGAGGAAGAAAAGAAACAAGAUAUUUUCUGAAUUUCGAAAAAAAAACAAGGGGUUUCACUGGGUUCUGCAGUAUGAUCCUCCAAGUUCAUCAAGCGCCUUUGUCCAUCGAAGUGGUCGGACAGCUCGAAUUGGUAACACUGGGAAUUGCAUUGUGUUUUUGGCUCCUUCAGAAGAUGCAUACGUUCAAUUUAUAGCAAUGAAUCAAAAGGUGCCCAUGCACAAAUAUCCAAAAGCAGUAAUUGAAGCAUCUGUUUUACCAAAACUGAAAUUAAUUUCUCAAAAAGACAGGGCAGUCUUUGAAAAAAGCAUGCGGGCAUUUGUCUCCUUUGUUCAGUUUUAUGCUAAACAUGAGUGCAGCAUGAUCUUCCGCCUCAAAGAUUUGGACUUUGGUUGCUUAGCAACAGGUUUUGGUCUUUUGAAAAUUCCUCACAUGCCCGAGUUGAAAAAGAAACAAAUCACCAACUUUACACCUGUAGAUAUAGACGUCAACAGCAUUCCUUACAGAGAAAAAUCAAGAGAAAAGUUGAGGCAACAGAAAAUUUUUGAUGGAAUUGUAGAUGAAAAGAAAAAAUACAAACCAAAGGUGGUUGCUUGGUCAAAGAAUAAAAACAAGAAAGAAAGUAAAAAAAAACGAAAAGAAAAUAAGAAACUUGGCCAGAAAAGAAAAAUUGAUGAGAUGAGCGCUGAAGAUUUUGCAGACUUGAAGAAUUUGGAUGACGAUUAUCGAUUGUUGAAGAAACAGAAAAAAGGAAAGAUCUCAAAUGAAGAAUUUGACAAACAAUUCACAGGUUCUGUUGAGGAAAUGUGA